GGUGACGUUAUAAACCCGGAAGUAGAUGUGUGGCGACUGCUGUUGUUGACAGUUUGCAUCCACAGCAUUGUACGUACGUUGACCUGAAGUAAAGAAAACAAAAUCGGCUUUAAGGAAGACUUUAGUUAAUUACCGCACUAUUUUAUGAUUAUUCUGGUUUAGCCUUUUGGUGUGCCUUUAUUGGCAUUUUUCCUUUCGCGACGCUGCAAACUUUGCGACGAGGCUAGCACGAGAAGCUAGCAUGUAGCAACAAGUUAAGCUAGACAGAGAGUCAUGUGAUUGUAGUUUGUCGCUAAAGGUGUUUGGGAGGACGCCAUAACAAGAUGGCUGUGGAGCUGGAUGUGUUUGUGGGUAACACCACCAUUAUGGACGAGGAGGUUUAUCAGCUCUGGUUGGAUGGAUACACAGUCCCAAAUGCUGGUACUAUGUGGGAAUGCAUAAAGUAAAUGACGCGGUGAAGGUAAGAAUGGAGGGCGGCGUGCUGGAGGAGUGCGAAGCCAGUGCAGAUGUUCUGCUGAGCGACACCAUGGACCAGUACAGAACUUUCCAGAUGUGCGAGCGUCUGCUGCACAGCCCGGCCAAACUGGCCAACCAGCUGCUGUUCCAGAUCCCGCCUCAUCGACAAGCCAUGCUGAUAGAGAGAUACUACGCUUUUGAUGAUGCAUUUGUGCGUGAAGUUCUGGGGAAGAAGCUGUCAAAAGGAACCAAGAAAGACUUGGACGAUAUCAGUGCCAAGACGGGUGUGACUCUGAAAAGCUGCAGACGUCAGUUUGACAACUUCAAGCGUGUUUUCAAAGUCGUGGAAGAGCUAAAGGGCCCCCUAGUGGAGAACAUACGUCAGCAUUUCCUUCUCUCUGACAAGCUUGCAAGGGAUUACGCUGCCAUUGUUUUCUUUGCCAACAAUCGCUUUGAGACGGGGAAAAGGAAGCUGCAGUAUCUCACAUUCCAGGACUUUGCUUUCUGCGCCGGGCAGCUUAUCAGCCACUGGACAGUCGGAGCCGUUGAUAACAUGGUGGAUGACAUGGACGUGGAUCUAGACAAAGAAUUUCUACAAGAGCUGAAAGAGCUGAAGAUUUUGAUCUCUGACAAAGAUCUGCUGGAUCAACACAAAAGUCUUGUCUGCACGGCCCUCAGGGGGAAAACUAAAGCUUAUAACGAGAUGGAGGCCAAUUUCAAGAAUCUUUCCAGAGGCCUAGUAAACAUCGCAGCCAAGUUAACCAACACAAAAGACGUCCGUGAUUUCUUCAUUGACCUUGUGGAGAAGUUUAUUGAGCCGUGUCGCUCCGACCGAUGGACGGCGUCGGACACGAAGCUGUAUCUGACUCACUACGCCAACUCCGUACACAUACUGGACACCUUCAAACAUCAAGUUGUGUGGGACAGAUACAUGGGCGUCAUCAAAAGCUGCAUCUUCAAAAUGUAUCACGACUGAAAAGGUUUUUCUCCACCCCUUCUUGCUGUCGUUUUGUUUAACCCCCGUCCAAGCUGUUAUCUUAUCCCCCUCGGUUUGUGCUUCCCCUUGUUUGUCUUGUGAGUAAUUCUUAUGCGUUAUUAUAUCCCCCGGACUGCUGGUGUCCUCUCGGUGUCUAUAUGUUUGGUUUGUAAAUAAAAAGAGCAUAUUUACACCAAGAUGU